GCCACCCUCUCGUCCACUUUCUCCUCCUCUUCCCAUACAGCGGCAUCGCCAAGCUCCCAGGCCGGCAGGAGUGCAGCGAAAGCGGCCGCCGUCGUGUCCGUUCUGUCAACUGUUGAUUAGUGGCCGACGUCAAUGACUCUUGAAAGGUUUAUGAACAAGCGUGUUCCUUCCAACAAGCGAUACCAGCCCACAGACUACGAGCACGCAGCCAACUGCGCCACGCAUGCGUUAUGGAUUAUUCCGAGCCUGCUGGGCAGCUCGCUGCUCCACUUCCAGUCGGAGGACCAAUGGGAACGCGUGUCGGCGUGGGUGUACGGGGCCGGCCUCAGCUCGCUCUUUACAGUCUCAACGCUCUUCCACACUAUCGCUUGGAAGAAGAGCCACCUACGGGAUGUGGAGCAGUGUUUCCACAUGUGUGACAGGAUGGUGAUCUACUUCUUCAUCGCCGCCUCCUACGCGCCCUGGCUGAACCUGAGGGAGCUAGGACCCUGGGCGAGCCACAUGCGCUGGCUGGUCUGGGUGAUGGCGCUGUCCGGGACCACCUACGUCUUCUUCUUCCACGAGAGGUACAAGAUCGUGGAGUUGAUCUGCUACACGGUGAUGGGCCUCUUCCCCGCCUCGGUCAUCCUCUACAUGCCGGAACAGGCGGGCCUGUGCGAGCUGCUGCUGGGCGGCACCUUCUACUGCCUGGGCAUGGUGUUCUUCAAGAGCGACGGCAUCGUGCCCUUCGCCCACGCCAUCUGGCACCUCUUUGUGGCCCUGGGCGCCGCCGUGCACUACUACGCCAUCUGGAAGUACCUCUACGCCCCGCCCGCCAACCCCGUGCGCACCUCCAGAUGACGGCGCCGCUGACCGAGACGCCCCCCCAGCCCAGCCGCGUGUCACAUUGCGUGUCUUUUGUGUCAAAUGUUUACACUCUGCCGGAACAGGCGCUUCUCAACUGUUUUUUUUUUUUUUCAAAACAUUUUUAGUGGAUUAUUUCUCGUCGUGGUGUUGCUGCGCCGUGUUGCUUGGCCACUUUUAUUUGAAUUUUUUGUACCGUGCCGACAAUUUCAACCGUUUGUUCUUAUUUCGGGACUUAUAUCGGGACUAGCUGGAUUUAAGCAAUUGUGAGGCACAUCUAAACGCGAUAUUCACUUAAA